UAGGAAAGAUAGCAGCUCCACCUCUUCUCCUCCUGGACUAGGAAAGAUAGCAGCUCCACCUUUCCUUCUCGUUCCACCCAACCCUCCCAGUGGAUAAGGAACAGAGCAGGACUGCCUUACCUCACACACCAAGACAGAAACAACAUCACUAAACUGGGGCUUUUUAUGGGACAGUCCACAUUAGUUGUUAGUUUUAUCCAGGCACCUUCAUCCUACCUAUCAUCAACACCAUCACUAUCAACAGAAUUGCGCCUCACAGCAUAUCAUUUUAAAGACCCUGUGUGGGACUACUCUCCAGUCUCAACAUGUAUCUGGAAAAUAAGAGCGACCUGGACCUGAAGUCCCCAGCAGCAGCCCCUGGCCUCCAGGGAAGGUCCAGUCUGAGGACAGCGGAGGCGGUGGCAGGGGGCUACGGUGAGGUGGCGGGGAACUUUGGAGGUCUGCGUCUGCUGGAGGGGUUCUCAGGAAGGAUAGAGUCUCAGAAACUACAACAGGCCUCCGCCAGAUCCGCGGGGAGCUGUGUUAUGCAUGCUGAAGACAGACAGAGCUUCAGUAUGGUCAACUUUCUGAAGGGAAACACCAACCACACAGAGAGAUCUCCCCUCAUCAGGUUCUCCCAAGAUGACAGUAUAACGUACAUGACCCUGUAUGAGGGGGAGGAGACGUGGGAUAACAACAGUUUGGAGCUGGAUAGGAGGUGUCGUCUGGGGAGUGAGGUCACCAGCCUGUCCCUGUCACGAUCCUCCUCCACAGAUAAAGACCCUCUGGACGUACACCUAAACUUCAAACUGUCCAACAGCAUGAGAUCUUGCAUCUCCAUCUUUAAAAUCGCCUGUAUCUUCACCUUUGUCGUCCUCAUGUCUUUGUUCUUCAGUAUGUAUCCAGACAGAGACAACCCGUGGAGGAUGCUGGCUGUCUCCCCUACAGAGAGCUUCUCUUUGAACCUGACGGAUUUCCGUGACAACGCUUUGCUGAAGCUGCAGGUGGGCGGGCCUUUCGUGAGUGGCAUGGUGGAUCUGACCAAUGAGGAGUACAUCCUUAUUCAGGUGGAGCAGACUGAAGAGGCGGGGCCACGGAGAAGGCGGGUCCAGACGGUGAUCUAUAACUGGACCAUACCUCUGCAUUCUGAACGGAGUGACCAGGUUAUAACAACUAAAACAUUUGAGAUGUUGAGCAGUGACCCCAUCAUCAUUACGGUGCAGGCGUUCGUCCAGGACAACUCCAUGGUCCCUCUCUCCAUGACCCACCAGUCGCUCUACGUCACCAGGGAAAGGCAGGUGGUCAUUGCUGCAGUCAUCCUGGGGGGAGUUUACGUCCUCAUCAUCUUCGAGAUUGUCCACCGUACUCUGGCGGCCAUGUUGGGAUCUCUGGCUGCCCUGGCUGCUCUGGCCAUGAUCGGAGAUCGUCCCAGUCUGAGCACUGUGGUGGAGUGGAUCGACUAUGAAACUCUGGCUCUUCUGUUUGGCAUGAUGAUUCUAGUUGCCAUCUUCUCAGAGACUGGUUUCUUUGACUACUGUGCUGUGAAGGCCUACCAGCUGUCCAGAGGCAAGGUCUGGCCCAUGAUCAUCAUCCUGUGUCUCAUAGCAGCCAUCCUGUCUGCCUUCCUGGACAACGUGACGACUAUGAUGCUCUUUACUCCUGUCACCAUCAGGUUAUGUGAGGUCCUCAACCUUGACCCCAGACACGUCCUGAUAGCUGAGGUGAUCUUCACCAACAUCGGAGGAGCAGCAACAGCAGUCGGGGAUCCCCCCAACGUUAUCAUCGUCUCCAACCAGGACCUCCGGAAGAGUGGGAUAGAUUUUGCUAGUUUCACAGGCUACAUGUUCCUGGGGAUCUGUCUGGUCCUCCUCACCUCCUUCCCUUUCCUUCGCCUGCUUUACUGGAACAAGAAGCUAUACAACAAGGAGUCCAGCGAGAUCGUCGAGCUGAGGCAUGAAAUCCGUGUAUGGAGGCAGACGGCCCAGCGUAUUAGCCCGGCCAGCAGAGAGGAGACAGCUGUCAAGUGUCUACUGAUGCAGAAGGUCCUCAACCUGGAGAGCGUGCUCCGCAAGCAACUCAAAACCUUCCAGAGACAGAUUUCUCAGGAAGAUAAGAACUGGGAGAAUAACAUUCAGGAGUUGCAUAAAAAGAACAGAAUAACAGACCGAGUCCUCCUGGUGAAGUGUAUAUCUGUGCUGGGGGUCGUCAUCUUCAUGUUCUUUCUGAACUCCUUUGUUCCCAGCAUUCAUCUGGAGCUGGGUUGGAUAGCUAUCUUCGGGGCCCUGUGGCUGCUGGUGCUGGCUGACAUCCAGGACUUUGAGAUCAUUCUGCACAGAGUGGAGUGGGCCACACUGCUGUUCUUCGCUGCUCUGUUUGUUCUCAUGGAGGCUUUGGCCCAGCUACAGCUUAUCGACUAUAUUGGUGUGCAGACGGCCCUGCUCAUAAAAGCCGUGCCAGAAGAGCAGCGUUUGGCCAUGGCCAUCAUCCUGGUCAUGUGGGUCUCAGCUCUGGCCUCCUCCCUCAUCGACAACAUCCCCUUCACCGCCACCAUGAUCCCUGUCCUCAUCAACCUGAGUCAAGAUGCAGACGUCAACCUGCCUAUCAAACCCCUUAUCUUUGCACUGGCCAUGGGAGCCUGUCUGGGAGGAAACGGAACGUUGAUUGGUGCGUCGGCCAAUGUGGUGUGUGCAGGCAUCGCUGAACAACAUGGCUACGGCUUCUCCUUCAUGGAAUUCUUCAGGCUAGGCUUCCCCAUGAUGCUAAUGACCUGUACCAUAGGGAUGUGCUACCUGCUGGCCACAAUCAUCGGACUGGGCUGGACCCUCUAACCUGCUCCUCACUGAACUACCAAAGAGAGACUGUUUGAGUGAAUGUGUUUAGAUACAGAGAGUUUCAAAGUGUUGGACGCAGCUCAAAAGCCACAUGGAGAUCAAUCGUUCCUUCACAGAUUCAAAGUUGCAGCUCAUUUGGAAAGUGGUGGACAUCAUCUCGAGUACCUAGUCACAUUGCAGUUAUAAUAUGCAGUAGUUAGCCUACAACAACAGUACAACAACAGCGAUGUGUUGCAACAUGAGGAAAACAAGCUAAACCAAGUGAAUGGAUUAUAAUCUACACUACAUGGCCUCAGUCUGUAGAUCUCUCCAUGGUGCUCUUCGGUCUACAGCCCUCUCUUAUCUCUCCAUGGUGCUCUUCGGUCUACAGCCCUCUCUUAUCUCUCCAUGGUGGUCUUCGGUCUACAGCCCUCUCUUAUCUCUCCAUGGUGCUCUUCGGUCUACAGCCCUCUCUUAUCUCUCCAUGGUGCUCUUCGGUCUACAGCCCUCUCUUAUCUCUCCAUGGUGCUCUUCAGUCUAAAGCCCUCUCUUAUCUCUCCAAUGUGCUCUUCAGUCUAUGGUGCUCUUCAUUCUACAGCCCUCUCUUAUCUCUCCAUGGGGCUCUUCAGUCUCCAUGGUGCUCAUUACACUGAGAGUAAUCAGAGGAGCAAGGCCUGAGUCUGCAUGGCUCCCCAUGGUGCUCUUUAGAUCAGCAGGGCUCUCCAUGGUGCUCUUUAGAUCCACAGGGCUCUCCAUGGUGCACUUUAGAUCCACAGGGCUCUCCAUGGUGCUCUUUAGAUCCACAGGGCUCUCCAUGGUGCUCUUUAGAUCCACAGGGCUCUCCAUGGUGCUCUUUAGAUCCACAGGGCUCUCCAUGGUGCUCUUUAGAUCCACAGGGCUCUCCAUGGUGCUUCUGCUUAUAUGGGUAUAUUAUUAUUAUUAUUAUUGGUACUCAAAAAUCUGAAUCCUAGCUCAGCUAGAUUAUAUGGAUUCAUCAUCAUGCCCCUGAUACCUUAUAAAAGGGAUGUUUCUGUGGCCUAUUAAAAGGUUGUGUGUAGUUGCCUGACUUUGGGCUGGAUUCAGUUAGAUUGACAUCCGCAUAGCUGCUACUGCAUCAUCCCUCCAGCCCGGAGCAGCCCUGUUACUAAGAAACACUGCUACUGCAUCAUCCCUCCAGCCCGGAGCAACCCUGUUACUCAGAAACACUGCUACUGUAUCAUCCCUCCAGCCCGGAGCAGCCCUGUUACUAAGAAACACUGCUACUGCAUCAUCCCUCCAGCCCGGAGCAGCCCUGUUACUAAGAAACACUGCUACUGCAUCAUCCCUCCAGCCCGGAGCAGCCCUGUUACUCAGAAACACUGCUACUGCAUCAUCCCUCCAGCCCGGAGCAGCCCUGUUACUAAGAAACACUGCUACUGCAUCAUCCCUCCAGCCCGGAGCAACCCUGUUACUAAGAAACAUUAAGAACAAUAAAACCUUU